AUGAAAAAAUUGAAUAUGGAUAUUAAACAGCAGAUUGACGCCAUCAAAACGAUUAUUGAUGAGGGUGAUGGUAAACUUUCAAGAAUGGAUGCUUCUGGGUCAAAGUUAUGUGAUGAAAUAUUGGUUUUAAAGCGUGAAACGAACAGAUCUUUUCGGAAGUUGUCAAAUCUAAAGAUGAAAACUUUAGAUGAUAGUUUGAAAAAUAUUCGGUUAAGUCAUGACCUUACAAUUCAACAAAGGAGCGACUUGAAAAAAUUACUUGAUGAUGCCAAAAAGAAGAAGGAGAGUUGCAAAGAGGAUUUUUUAUAUCGAGUCAGAGGGGAGGUUAACACUGUUCAUGGGUUGAUUUGUGAUGGUGUAGAUGUCAUGGUGCUGACAGAAACUUGGCAUGGAUUGGAAGGUAAUUUUGCAAUUGGUUUGGCAAAGCCGCCUGGGUUUCAGUUUGUUGAUUAUAUUAGAGAGCAUGAUCUGGGUCAUGGUGGUUUGAUAGUUUACUUUCGCAAAGAGUUCAAAUAUAAAAAGUUAACUCUGCCAUUGAUUAGUAUGUUUGAAGCUAUUGCAAUCAGAUUGUCAAUAAAUAAAAGCGUAUUCAUCUUGCUAGCUCUGUACAGACUCGACUCAGCUCCAAUAACAGUUUUGUUUUAUGAUGAAAUAGUUUCAAUCUUGGAAUACUUAACAAUUUUAAACUCAAACAUUUUAUUGAUGGAUGACUUCAAUUUGCAUGUUGAGAGAACUGCUGAUCCCCAAUCUAUUCGUUUAAAAAAAAUAUUUGAUAUAUUUCAAUUAGUAAAUCAUGUCAACGUUCCUACACAUAUCCUAGGAGGUACAUUGGAUUUAGUUGUCAGUUCGUAUGACUUUCCAUGCUAA